GAAUUUUAUUUCUCCUUCUUCAAAUCAGAUCCUCCGUUCACUCAAAAUUUCUUCGGUUAGUUCGAUUUUGGUUUCUCGAUCGAAUUUUGAAGCUAAAGCUUGAAUCGAUCCUUGUGCUUCUGCUUUCAAUCGAUCCUUCCCAGUAAGUUUCUCGCAUUUUUUGUUAUCCAUUUUAGGGAUUUUAGCUUCUUAGUUCUUAGGUUUCCUGAUCCUUCUCCGUGGCCGAUUCAAUUCAUUUGAUCUUCUUCAUUAUUUUUGGAGACUUUGUGCUGCUUUCUUUGUUACUUGCUUAAUUAUUUACUUCAUUUGAUUCUUUGGUAUAUUUAGUUGGUUUAUAGGAUUUAGAGUUUUAGGAGAUAGAAGGGAAAGCAAAGAACGUGAAUUUAUGCAGUUGUUUGUGUUUUUCUACAACAAUUUGGGGAAGCAAGCAACAACAGGUGAUUUUCAUCAUCUGCAAAAUGUUCUUUUAUUUUCAUUUCUCUGCAAAAUGUUUGUCAAACCCUAAAAUUUUAAGUUCGUUCCUCUAUUUUCAAUCAAUUGCAAAUAUGCCUAGGCCUAAAAUUUUCUUUUCUUAUUUCAAAUGCAUAUAAUUUCUAGGAAUCUGGUUAUAUAUAGUUGUCUUUCAUUUUUGUUUCCUUUAUUUCCUCAAUUCAUUUGUUCUUUAGAUAUCUUCAAGUUUUUAUGCCAAAUCUUUGAUGGAAAGGAAGAAGAGCAAGAGUAACAAUAAAAAUCUUUCAUUUUAAGGUGAGCUAUUUUUUCAUCUCUAAACAAUAAAAAUGGGAAAAAGAAAAAGGAGCUGAUCCCAAUUAGGAUACUCACUUGCCAGUUGAAAUACUUGAGAUGCCCCCUGUUCAGGAUAUCUACCAGGCUCCUCAUUCUUGCUUCUAUUGGUACAAUACAAUGGUGACAAGAAGAUUGAUCAGGUAGUUUUGACAAUGAGAAAGCAGUGCUUGCACUUCAAUAACAUAUGGUUCCUGGU